AUGGCGGGUCUUGGCAACAGUUUGACGGCGUUGGCGCAAUUGCUGGAUGGCAAUGCGGAUCAGCUGGAUUUAGAUUCGCCGGCUGGGAAGGGUUCUCCUGCAGCCUUCUCAGACCCGGGUGCCAUCUCCAGGGCCGCCCAACCCUCUGGGACGCAACGGCGGGCACAGGCAGCGACAGCGGCGCGCGCCACGACGAGCCAGGCCAACAACCAGGCCAUUUUCAAUGAGGAGGAUGUGGAGGAUGCAGGUGCCCUGCCUGAUGUGGACGAUCCGCGCCCUACGCCAGAGUAUGACAUUGUGUAUAGACAGGCCGUCUCCUCGGAAGAUAUGUAUCUGGGCAUGAGCGGCCGCAAUCCUUCUUCAGCUGGCUGUGAGGAGAUGGUGGUCAAGAUCCAGUUGCCAAAGACGGCUUUCAAAGAUGUCACGCUGGAUGUCAAAGCGCAACAUCUGGAUGUGCGCACCCCUGCAUUUUGCCUGAACCUACCUCUCCCCCACCCGGUCUAUCGCAGUCAGCAGGCAGGCCCUCUCACCGCAGCAGAGAAAAUCUUGGCCGCUCAUCUUCACCCAGAGGCGGCACGCUUGGAUCGCGGCAAGUACAACCUCUUCUACCCUGAUCGAGUCAAUCUCCAAGAUGCCUCAGCACAAACAGCACUCCUGCAGUUUAUGCUCACCCGCGCGCCAAGUGUGUCCGUGCCUACCAGCGUCCACUGUGACCACCUGAUUGUUGGCUCGCCAGAGGGCGCGGACCGUGACCUAGCCCUGGCCAAGGAUCAAAAUGAAGAGGUCUUUUCGUUCCUGGAGUCGGCUUCCAAGCGCUUCGGUGUUGCUUUCUGGCCUCCCGGCUCGGGCAUUAUCCACCAAAUCGUGCUCGAGAAUUACGCCUCACCCGGCAUGCUUAUGAUUGGAUGUGAUUCGCACACCCCCAACGCGGGUGGCCUCGGUUGCCUGGCCAUUGGAGUUGGGGGUGCGGAUGCCGUUGAGGUCAUGAGUGGUCAGCCUUGGGAGCUCCUUGUCCCUAAGAUUAUUGGUGUAGAACUCAAGGGUCGCUUAAACAAAUGGUGUAGCGCCAAAGAUAUCAUUCUGCAUUUGGCCGGUCAGCUCACAGUCAAGGGUGGAACAGGACAUAUCAUUGAGUACUUUGGCCCCGGCACUCAAACUCUGAGUUGCACGGGCAUGGCCACGAUUUGCAACAUGGGUGCCGAGGUGGGUGCCACCACCUCCAUCUUCCCCUACGCAGAGCCACAAGAAGCCUAUCUGCGCUUCACGGGUCGUGGCGCUCAGGCCGACGAAGCCAAUGCCGUGGCCCACGAUCUUUUGCGAGCUGACCCUGGUUGUGCUUAUGACCAAGUCAUUACUGUGGAUUUGGAUCAGCUCGAGCCGCACUUCAACGGACCUUUCACUCCCGAUUUGGCCACGCCAUUGAGCGCGUUUGCCAAUCAGGCGCGCGAAAAGCAAUGGCCUCUCGAGCUCUCGGCAGCGCUAAUCGGUAGCUGCACUAAUUCCAGCUACGAGGACAUGACCCGAGCUGCCUCUAUUGCACAGCAAGCAAUCGACAAAGGCCUGACUGCCGCGGUCCCCUUUUUUAUCACUCCGGGCUCGGAGCAGAUCUUGCAAACGUGCCGGCGGGAUGGCGUCUUGGAUGUCUUGGAGCGUGCUGGGGGUACCGUGCUGGCGAAUGCGUGUGGCCCAUGCAUCGGCCAGUGGAGCCGUCCAACCAUGGAGGACGGCGUGCCCAAUAGCAUUCUCUCAUCUUUCAACCGCAACUUUGCUGGACGCAACGAUGGCAACAAGCAGACCCACAACUUUUUGUGUUCGCCGGAAAUCGUGACUGCCAUGGCAUUUAGCAAGUCUCUGACGUUCAAUCCCCUGACAGAUAGUCUUUUGGCGGCAGAUGGCACUUCGUUCAAGUUUAGUCCCCCGGAGGGCGAGAGCCUCUCCGCGGCCGGCUUCGAGAAUAACGUGGUGAAGCCUUCCGCUGUUCCAGAGCCAGACUUGAGCAUCAAUGUGAGCAUUGAUCCAACGUCGACGCGCCUGCAGCGUUUGGAUGCUUUUGCUCCAUGGGAUGGACAAGACUUUCAGAAUUUGCGUGUCCUCAUCAAGGUGAAGGGCAAGUGUACGACGGACCACAUCUCUGCCGCGGGGCCGUGGCUCAAGUACAAAGGUCAUCUGGAGAAUAUCUCCCAGAACACGCUGAUCACGGCUGUCAACGCUGAACAUGACCGACUCAACUCAGUACGCAACUAUCUUGUUGACGGUGAAAACUAUGGAACAAUUCCUGAAGUGGCCGCCGCCUAUCGAGAUGCAGGCGUGCAGUGGAUCAUUGUUGGUGAUGAAAACUACGGUGAGGGGUCAGCUCGCGAGCACGCGGCCAUGCAGCCUCGCUUCUUGGGCUGUGUUGCCGUUGUGUGCCGAAGCUUUGCUCGCAUCCACGAGACAAAUUUGAAGCGUCAAGGCGUGUUCCCGCUGACUUUUGCCGACCCCAACGACUACGACCAGCUGUGCUCAAGUGAUAUUGUCGACUUGAUUGGGUUGAGGCCCGGGGAAGCCCCAGCGCUUCGCGUGCGUCGCUCAGAGCAAGAAGAAGAGUUUACCGUGCCGCUUCGCCACACGCUCAGUCCCAUUCAAAUGGACUGGAUUCGCAGCGGCUCCGCUCUAAACUACAUUGCCCAAACCAUAGCGGCAGCAUAG